AAACAACAGAUCAGAUCUCAUCUGUUCAUUCUCAAAAAAAAAAAAAAAAAGAAUAAUGGCGAAAGUUGCAGGACUAUUUAACCUUCUCCUUGUGGUUUCCAUGGUUCUAGUCUUGGCAGGCUACGCCGCGGCGCAAGAGGGGGGCGCGGUACCGCUCUCAGGCGGGAAAACAGAAGUGAGUGACGUGAAGAGCAACGUGGAGGUUCAAAAUCUGGGGAGGAAAAGCGUGAUGGAGUACAACAAGCGCCUGAAAGUGAAGGAGAAUCCUGAGAACGGUGCCAAGAGGCUGAUCUUCACGGAGGUGAUCAAGGCGGAGAAGCAGGUGGUGGCCGGAGUUAAGUACUACCUCACCAUCAAGGCCACCACCUCCGACGGCACGGCCAAGACGUACGACGCCGAGAUGUGGGUGAAGCCCAAUGAGACUGUUCAUGAGAUGCUCGCCUUUGCACCCGCCGCCGCAUAAAAUUGAUACUUUUUUUUUCUGUUUAGUCAGAGUCCUUACUUAGGAUCGGCUCUGAUCAGUACGCAAUGGGUCAUGGCGUGACUGGUAUUUUGUUGCGUUAGGUAGUGUAGUAGUCCCCGGCCGGUUAGUGUCCUUCAAUGCCAGAGAUGAAUUGAAGAUGGAUAUAUAAUGCUCUAGCUUCAACAUAUAUGUUGUAAUGGCAUUGUUUUAUAUAUAUAUAUAUAAUUUUAAAACAUAAAUAGCAUGUAUUAACAUUAUUUUUUGAGUUACAAGUAACCCCCACUCGAAAAUGUGUUAAUAUGUAA